AUGAUGCGUACCGCGCGACCGAGGGAAGAUGCCGUGCCAUUCAGAUUUCUCCUAUUCACUCUCACAUUCGCAGUCAUGGUAAUACGGAUAGCGGGAAUGGUCAUUGACGAAGAUAUCAUGUCCUUUUUCCCACCAGGGUCGGACAUAAUCGACGGUCAACGCUAUGGCUCGGCUUGGACAAUGAAAGGACGCAUCACUGUACGGGAGCCGAAGGGAACUAAGGAUUAUUUUAUCAAACAUGCCUCCACGGCUGAGGCACGUGAAUCCCUUGCGGGCGAGCACGUGGCAAUGAUGGCAUUCCAUGAGUUGGACCCGACGAUCGUCGCGAAGUCGGACGGAGCUCGAAGUCGGACGGAGCUCGAAGUCGGACGGAGCUCGAAGUCGGACGGAGCUCGAAGUCGGACGGAGCUCGAAGUCGGACGGAGCUCGAAGUCGGACGGAGCUCGAAGUCGGACGGAGCUCGAAGUCGGACGGAGCUCGAAACACCAAGAGAGAGAGAAAGACCAAGUCCAUGAAAGAGAGUUCCGAGGGGGUGAUACGCUUUUAUAUCCGGACGGCAGGUCAUUCCUCGUCAUGCACUUCUUGGUCACACACGGAUCGCGACCUGCGUCAGAGGACCUCUGUUAUCGCAUCGCUGCAAUCCACCGAGACAGUGUCUCGCCAGUUCCGAACAAGUUUGGGUUCCCUACUUAUACUUACCACAACAACAUCCCUCAGCUCGUCCAUUGGGACUCCGAUUGGGCUAGGUUCUUCGCCAAGAUGCUCAAACAUAUCUGCGAGCUGGAGACAGCGACACACGGACCAUGGCUUAGUCGCCAUCCUGGUUUUGUGACCUUGUUCGAGCAGACAAUCCCUCGUCUCCUUGGCGCUUUGCAGUCAGAUGGUCGAUUUAUCAAGCCGUCUCUUGUUCAUGGCAAUUUGUCCUCGAGAAACAUGAGGAAAAACGCAGCAACCGCGUCACCUGUUCUCUUCGGCUUUGCUUCGCUGUAUGCUCAUAAUGAGUAUGAGCUGGGGGCCUGGCGCUGCAGAGAGUUGGGCUGGCCGUAUUUCAAGGAGUAUCGACGACAUUUCCCUCCGUCCGAGCCGACAGAGCAGUGGAACGAUCGCAUUCGGCUAUACAGUAUUAAGUUCAACCUCAACCAAGUUUUGACGGUUUCUGAUUCGCCAGAGCUUCGAGACGAAAUUCUUCGAGAUAUCGAUGAGCUGAAUCGGUUGUACGGGUCAUGAUUUUGCAAUGUGUCUGUAAGUAUUGGAAUGUGGGCGAUCAAAGCCCAUACCUGUUGCACCAAAGGGCGCGUCCUCGUCAAGAGGCCAUGAACCGAAACAAAUUAUACAAUGCUAUUGAUAGAGGAUGUAGCGGUGCAUGGCUAGUAGUGCAUAGUUUGUGUCCGAGGACUGUGUUCCAAGACUUGAUCCAUACAAUUAAUGGCUUUCUGUGAGCAUUCAGGCAUGUGAAUAAUAACGUGACACCUCGGUAUUCUGCCCCUCCACGCAUGACUUUGGCUGCUCACUUACAUUAGCACGUAUUAGUUAUCAAGUUUUGGCCGCGGCCAUAGUAUUCGUCCAUUUCUGUCUCGCUCAUCCUACUUAAGGCCAAAGCUUUAUUCGAGCCAUCAAGCUUUCUAGGCUGACUGGGUGUCAGAACUUGGAACAUGUAUCGAUAAGCCAUGUGUACAAAAGAGAGGGCCCCCAAUUGUAUGGGGCUGUUCUAAGUACUUAUGUUGUUCCGUCACUGGGCUUCUUCGAAGGGCUUGUCCAUUGAGUGCCCACAGAACACAAGACCUGAAUUCCAGUUCAACGCCAUGCGAAUUGAUCAAUCGCCAUCUUGCAGCUUUUGAAUGAUGAUACUCAGGCCAUCAAGUACGCACACAAGGCCGAGUGGGGCUUCGUCGUGUUUACAUUUAUCGAUAAGCGUCACAACUCGCAAGAGCGACGUCUGACCCUUCCUACAUUACGCACAGGCCGCACAUACUACUCACCUUGUGAUGUCUGCUGGCCCGACGAUUCACAUGAGCCGAAAACGACUACCGUACGUGUCUAUUGCCACUGCAUGCAUGUGCCAUUUUAGUCCACGUUCAACAUCAUUGGCGCACGCCGUGAACAUCAGCCCGCUCUGUCGCUGUUGUUGCGGGAGGAGAUUCACGUCAACCUGACCACUAUGAAGCCAUAUUUUCAGGACAGUCGGGCAUGAAGCAGGGCCGGUUGAAAGACUGUUGUUCUAUGGACGGAGGAUAACCAACAAAUAAAUGCAGAGGUGCUGUGGCGUCCGUGUCUGCAAU